AUGGGUUUUCGGGAUUUUCUUCUCACAAGGAAAAGACGACUCCUCACAGGAGUGCAGAUUCCAAUGCACACAGAUGCAUUGUUGGCCCAGAUCAAAGCCACAGUGGCCUUAUCAAGACACCUUCACUUUGAUCCGCCCCAUCAGAUUGAUGUAUUCUUUCACUUGAUAGAAAUGUAUCCGCUGCUGUGUGGAGUACUGAGUGAGCUGCAACCGAGGAAUGGAGCUCUCUUCUGGGAUACAUACGGAGAUUGGCUUCUUCAUAAGGUGAACCAUCCCGUACCAAGUUUUGAUUCCCCGAUGAUUGGACCAGCAGCUCACAGGGCAGACAUCAAAGCUAUCAAGUUUGCUACACAUCAUCUCUGGCCGGCAUCAUACUGGCGAGACAAGCACUGCUACAGAUGUUUCAUCAAGGAACUCGGCGCCCGCCCUCUACGACUUUCCAGUAACCAAUGCGCCAGACACGCCUGUCAGAGUUGGGUUAGACGUCUCCUUGACAAUCUGCAUGAGCAGCAACCAGGUUUCUCUCCAAGGGACCUCCUUCCCCGCCGUGACGGCAGGUCGUCAAGAAGAAGAAGAUCAAAAUCGAAAAGUCCUGCUCGACAGGGCUCCAGGAAAAGGACCCCAACUCCUAGUCAACCGGAAAGUCACAAAAUCACAAUGAUUUCUUCACUAACAGACCCAUUGUCAGAUGAGGAGGGCACUGGUUCAUCCCCGAGAAGAAGAAAUAACUCAAGAGGAUCGGGUUAUAGGAUGACUGGAAACAUUAACCAAGAAGGGCUUAGUGUGGAUCGUGACACACCCGUCCUCAUGUUUGAUGAUGUAUUCGACGAUUAAAGGUCAAGAAUAAAUAGAGAAAAAUCAAAAGACUGAAAAUUUCAUCAAAAUCGGAUGUAAAA